UGAGCCCUGACAUUUACUGUUUUGCCAAACGUCCAUGGAUAAAUAACAGUACAACACGCUCAAAUGUGUCCGUCGUAGCAUUUUAAAGUAACGUGAGAGUUUACUGAAGGCAUGACUAACAAAAAGAAGCAGAAGGGUUCGGACACAGCGGUGCAAGGGACCAACGACAGCAGCGUGGUGAGUAAAGCGUCUGCUGCAGCUCAGGGCUACUUCCACGAUUGCUUCCUGCAGCACUUUGUGUGCAAAGUGGCGAGGAGAGCGCCACUCAUCAACAGGGGCUACUAUGUGCGCUGGAGAGCAGUGGAGCACUGUUUGCGGACCUUCCUGCAAGUCACACAACAUUGUGCCAAGAGACAGAUUUUGUCUCUGGGCGCCGGGUUCGACUCGCUGUAUUUCCGUCUGCGCGCAGACGCGGCGCUCAACCGGGCCAUCGUGUUUGAAGUGGAUUUCCCAGACGUGACUCGGCGUAAGGCGGCGCUGAUCCGGUCCAAUGUGUCGCUGUCGGGAAUGUUGGACUCCCAGCAUGUACUUCCUCCUACAGGGCCUGUGUAUGUGUCUAGCAGUCAGUACGUCCUGCUUGGGGUGGAUGUGCGACAUGAUUCCAAUGUAGAGGAAGCUCUGGGAAUUGCGGGACUGGACCCGACGGCCCCGACUCUGAUUCUUUCCGAAGUGGUGCUCACCUACAUGAAAACACAAUGGUCAGAUGACAUCAUUUCCUGGGCAGCAAGGCUUUUGCCCCAGUCCCUCUUUGUGAUGUACGAGCAGAUCCAUCCCCAAGAUCCAUUUGGCCGCAUCAUGCAGGAGCACUUCCUAAAGCUCAAUUCCGCUCUGCACGGGCUCCGACAAUAUCCCGACACUGACGCACAAAGGCAGAGGUUCCUUGACAAGGGAUGGGAAAAGUGUGUGUGCUUGGAUAUGAACGAGUUCUUCCUCAAGUUAAUUCCUGAUGAUGAGAGACAGCGAGUGGAACGUUUGGAGCCUUUUGAUGAGUAUGAGGAGUGGCACCAGAAAUGCUCGCACUAUUUCAUCCUCACAGCAUCUCGAGGUUCUCUCACAGCGCAAUCUCUGCUCGUCCAUCCUGCAGUGCCACUCCAAAAUCCACCUCAGAACCCUGCCAGCCUCAUAGUGAAAAUGGAGCCAGUUUGCGUAGAGGCUCUCGGGAUGGCCUCCACAUUGCUGGACGGAGAGCACAUACUGCUCACCGGAGGCUCCUGCAGGACCGGCCGAGGGGCUCCGAGUCGAGUCCUGCUCAAAGACCUUGAGGGCUGGAGAUCCGUCCAUGUACAACCCUCAGUCAGUUUCAGUGUUCGUCUUUACCACACUCUUACUUCUAUUCCUGGGGGAAUGGCUGUGAUAUACGGAGGACGAUCCUCUCCCGUCACCCCGAUCGGAGGCCUUCUCAAAGUCACCCUCCAUCUUGAAGGUUCACCUGGUCCUGAGGAGGUAGUUGAACUUCAUGAGGAGCAGAUGAUGUGUACAGGUGAUCAUCCACCACUUCGAUGGAGACACUCCGCCACUUUGGUCUCACGUCAAGGCAAAGAUUUGUUGUUUGUCUUUGGUGGGAAAAAUGAGUCUGAAACAGUUUUAGGUGAUGGCUACUUCCUGGACCUGGAUCAGCAGCACUGGACUGAGGUGGCAGUAGAGGGUGCUGCACCAGAGGCCCGCCAUUCCCAUUCAGCAUGUUCCUACCAGGGAGGGCUGGUGCUCUUCGGAGGGCACGGAAGAAGGGGGGAGCCGCUGGGGGACGUUGUGGUGAUGAAGCCAAAUGAGAGAGGCUUCUGCUGGGAGAGGAUAGACGUGCAACUCCCACCUUGUCCCAGAUAUUCGCAUGGUGCCCAUGUGAUUGGCGAUCACCUGAUUGUGGUGGGCGGAGUUUGGCUGCAUUCAGCCGGCGUGCCGGGAGUGGCCGUGAUCAACCUUUCCACGCGCUGCAGCGUCGAGUUCAGUCUGGUCACGACCUCAGUGCCUUGGCCUCUGAUGUUGCACUCGUUCUGCUCUGAGUUGAUGGUCCAAAAGGAAGCACAGUUGAUCCUGAUUGGCGGAGGAGGAAACUGUUUUUCCUUUGGGACGCAUUUCAACCCUCAACUUGUCACUGUGGACCUCGGACCGGCACUAAAAGGAACUGAACUAACUUUAAGGUCCUCCAGUUUGACUGAGCAAUUUGCCUCAAUUUAAUGUAUCAUUCUAAAACCCACUGUUGAAUGUUUGCUAAAAUACACAGACAAACUU